AUGAUGCACUGUGAAGAAAUAGUGCAGCAAGCUUCCCAAGAAGAUUCUGUGGCUGGCCUGUCCCGUUUUCUGCUGGCCAAAUUCCCGUGUCGUGUGUUGAAGAUCCGCGACCCGCAGUCCGCAGAGCAAGCGCAGAGUGAGCUGGAUGAGUGUUUCAAUUCUUUGGGCUAUGAUCAGGUGGUGUCAGCUAUGGCGCACGUGCUGACAAUCAGCAAGUUGCUCUUCCCGCACAAUGAAGCACGCGAUGAUGAUGCAGAGCACCGCUGCUUCUCACAUGUGAGUGGCUUACACACCAUGCCAUUCGCUGCGUCAGUGAAACAGCAGUUCAUCAACACUUUUAACAAGUACGUUGACAAGGCGCGCGCUGACCAGAAAGUGUUGGGUGGUCAGAGCAGCCGGCUGAACAAGGAGAAGACCAGAGCCUUGCAGUUCAUCGCUCCAUUAGAUGUCUUUGAAAAGGUGAUCGCUUGGCUUUUGCAGAAGGAUGGGCACAGGCUGACAGAGGGGCAGGACACUGAGCUCAGCGGCGAAGAGAUCAUCCGGUCUCUGGCGCAUGUGAGAAGCUCAGUGCAUAUGGAAUGUGACGUGAACAUAGAGCAAGUUGCCACUGUUUUCAAGCCCUCACAGAUCCAUCCUUCCGCGACGACGGAAGCUGUGGAGACGGCAGUGGAGCUUGGCAAGUGGUUCCACGCGAGUUUCCAGAACACUGUUGGGGCUCGUGCGUUGGUGAGCGAGUUCAAGACUGAGCGCAGCAACAUGAUUCUCUUACCUCGUCCUUGCGUGAAAGAAGCUGCCGGCCUCAUUUCGCAUGAGACGCGUGCGCAUGUGAAUAUUGCAGCUGCAUUGGAGUGUCUUUCUUUGAAGACGUGGACCUUGAAGGCUUUCGCCUUGAAUGCAGAGCACACCGCGGCACAAGUGCGGGCCAGACUUCUAGACCUUUUGAUUUUAGCGAUGAUGGGUUUCGUCGUCGUGGGCUGCGGCCGCUACGCUCUAGUUGGGUAUGCCGAGGAUGACGAGGAUUUUGUCAUUUGCUGCAACAGGAUGCAUGUGAUGAUGCCAUAUCGUGCAUCCACCGUCUUCUGCGGGGGGAAGCUGCAAAUGUGGAUGGAUGUCGAAAUGUGUUCAUGGUGGAUCCUCUCGUGCCUACAGAAGGAAGGGUGUCCGGCGCCAGAGACGGCAGUUCCCUUGACGCAGGAGGCUGUGGACGAUCAGGCCCCGCCAGCAAAGAGGUUGCGGCGAGAGAAAGACUUGUGUCGCGAUGACUUCUCCAGCAAUGUUCCUUUGGCAAAGAACAUACUUCUGUACCUACUGAAGUCAGCAGCCUCAAGGGUGACUGUGCGGGUGAUACUGGAUGUCACAAAGCUGAGGCAGUGUGCUCAGGCAGAGGAAUUGGAAGCGAUGGCUCGCAAUGUGUUUCGCUUGGGAGCUGAGGCAGGGUUGGCUUCCUUAGGCCCUCAAGGUGGCACCUGGACUGGCGUAAAGCCGCCUCCUGAGCAUGAAGCCGCAGUUGUGACACUUCUGCGAGAGCUGUUUGAGAAUAACAUGCAGGGGGUGGAAUCAGCUAUGAGGAAACGUGCAGUGGCAGAGAUCUUUGACAUGGGUAAGUGUGAAGCUGCUUUGGCAUUGUUGCGCUAA